UCACACACAUCCACUGUCAUCCGCACAAACGCGCACACGCACAUUCACACAGAGCCAGACGCUUUUGCAAACAGCCCGCCUGCCGCUUCCAGCGCUACUUUUCUUUCUCCAGGAGACGCGCAUGAAGACCUGUUGGAUGUUACUAAAAGCUUUCUGUGGUUGUUGUGCGGAGUUGACAAAAGUGUGACUACUUUUUUUUCUCCCUCACUCUCUUCAGUGACAUCUUAUGUGACAACUUUUUUGGGACCUUCUAUCUCGGACUUUAUUGGUGGAACAGCUGGUUAAUUGCAUUUCAAAUUUCCGAUCAGUACAAGUGGAUUAAAAUCAGUAUUUGAUGGGCAAAAUGAAUAACUCUGUGAAAUAACUCCAAAGGAUUUCAAGCAUUAAUCCCAGUGUGACUUCUCCUCUGGUGGAGUGAAGAUGUUUCGGAGUGUGUGUGUGCCGGCGGCACUGCUGACUUUACUGGUGCUGACACUUGUGGUGCCCAUGGGCCAGGCCUGUCCCAGGAGCUGUAACUGCUACCAGGCCAGCGAAGUGCACUGUACCUUCCGCUCCCUGCUCACUGUACCUCCUGGCCUGCCUGUACAUACACGCCGCAUAAACCUAGGAUUCAACAGCAUCAGCAGCAUCCAUGAUAGCUCUUUGGCUGGGCUAAAGAAGGUGGAGCUUCUGAUGCUCCACAGCAAUGACCUCCACCAUCUCCCAGAUGGAGCAUUCAGGGAUAUGAAAUCACUACAGAUACUAAAGCUGAGUUAUAACAAGCUGAGAGAGAUCUCUUCAUCUCUGACCUUCUCUGGCCUGACCUCGCUGCUGCGUCUGUACUUGGAUCACAACCUCCUCCAGCACAUCCACCCCCGGGCCCUGCUCCAGCUGCCUAGCCUCAGGCUGCUGCGUCUGCAAGGGAACAGGCUGCAUCAGCUGCACCCUCAAACUCUGUGCACAUUGUCCCUCCUGAAUACUUAUUAUUUCUCCACACUCAGACACCUAGACCUGUCCAACAACAGUCUAACUACUCUGCCCAGAGAGACAUUAGCCACAGCGCCUCUGCUGGAGACUCUUGUGCUGCAGGCGAAUCCGUGGAGCUGUGACUGCAGGAUGAACUGGUUUCUCACUUGGAGUCUGGCUCAUCCAGGCUUAAUGAAAUGUCCCAGCGGCCCUCAGUGUCCAAUCUGCGCCUCGCCUAAUUCCCUUCAAGGUCAGGGCCUACUUGAGAAGGCUGACCUAUCGUGCACCUCACCUGUCAUCCCCUCCCCUGGAAGAGACACACCUUUGGAGGCAGAACUCGUUGAAAUCCAAUCAAGUGAAUACUUCAGAGAGCCUUUAGGCACUGCAUCUCUGGGUCUGUCUGAUCACCAGGGUAACAGUGUCGAUCUGGGUUGCAACAUCACUCACUCUUCGGAGUCCCAGGAUGUUGCUCCUCCUCCAGAUCUCUCCAUUUCCUCUUCUUCUCCUCUCCCCCUUGCACUGUCACUCUCCCUGGAGUGCCCCGUGGAGAGACACAGCUAUGAGAAACUUUGGAGAAUCCUGGCUUACUACAGUGAGACUGCAGUUCGCCUGGAGAGGGAGAUCAUGCUGAGUAAAGCCCCGGCAUUGGCCUACCGCUACAGGCAGGCAGCAGAGACAGACGGAUAUUAUCACACUGGAGUCAAAGCUUCUAUUAAAGCCAGACCACAAUGGUUGCUACAGCCAGCCAUUAGCAUUCAGCUCAACAGAGCACAAUCUAACGGACAUAAAGUUCAACUUAUAUACUCAACAAGAGUUUCUGCUCAUCCUGACCGUGCUUCUCAUCCCUCAGCAUCCUCCUCUGCCUCUCAGCAGUGGGUGAUGAUUUCAGCUAAUCAUACCACCACAGCACUGGCAGCAGUUGCAGGCAGUAAGGUGGAGCUAUUAUGUCCUGUUCUAAGUUCUGGUAACCUUGAAGUUCAGUGGGUUCUCCCAGAUGGAUCUAAGCUCAUCACCCCCUCCAGCAGCCCAGAUGGUAGGCUCCAGGCUUCAACCUCUGGUUUACUUCUAAACAAAGUGCAGCUCUCAGAUGCAGGGAUCUACUACUGCAUAGCCCGGGCAGGCAAGGAUGUAGAUGUUCUCCCUAUGCGCCUGGCAGUGGAGGAGUCCUCUGUGCCGCCUUCAGGAGAGCAAAUGGCACCUUCUGUCACCGGAAAUGAUGGGGAGCCCAUCACUCUGUCCUGCCAAGCAUCUGGUUCACCGGCGCCUCAUAUGAGUUGGGUGUUACCAGAUGGAAACAUAGUAAGGCAGGGAUUAGCUAUUUCAGGUGGGCUCAUUAUGCAAUCAAAUGGGAGUCUCUUUCUGCGUAAGCCUUCUCCGAGGGAUUCUGGUCAUUACCGCUGCAUUGCGGUCAAUCAGUAUGGUAGUGACUCUCUGUCUAUGCAGCUAGAAUUAAACUCACAAUAUCUUCCUCCACUUAUGACUUCAUUUCCCAGAGGUCCACAGUCAGCCGCUGGCCGGUCAACCAAGAUACGAGCACCAUUACUAAUGGAGGAAGGAUCGGGGGCUGGAGAGGAAGAAGGGAGAACUCUUGUCGCUAAUAGGGGACGGCCACGACCUCUCCAACCUCCCCCAAACAGACGAUAUCCAAUUGGAAAACCCAGAAGACGUGGACCUACGAGAGAAGGCCCCCUAAGAAGAGGAGGAGGGCCUAUAUCAUCUACUGACCAGAGAAGAAACCGAUUUGAGAACAGACGGAGAAUUACCACUAACAAACAAAGGAUAGACCCUCAGAAAUGGGCUGACCUCCUCGCUAAGAUACGACAAAAGACUGUUCACGCCAAUAACAGCCAGCCCGUUGCAGCAGGAAAGCCAACAGCUGAGCCAGUGGGAGGAGGCAAAGGUGAAGACACAGGAAGACACGAGGGACAUGAUGAUACAGAGAGAAGCAGAGCUGAGGGAGCAGGGGUGGAUGCAGAAACAGAAGGGUCAUCUGGUGAUGACACUGAUCUACGAGAGGAAGGCCUACAGCUCAUUCACCCCGUUCACACAAAAACUCACACAGAGCCAAAUACAGACUCUGAAACAGACUCAGAGGUACAGAUGGAGACGCCAACAGAAACACAGACAGAUAAAGAGAACGAGACAGAGAGAGAGACAGAGAACACAUCUCCACAGACAGAGACAGUGACAAACCCAGUGACACAGAGAGAGACAGUCACAUCUAAGCCAAUCUCAGGAACAAAUGAAAUUGUCCCUGAACCAAGUGAAGGAGGUGAGCUAGAAGCAAACACUAGUCCAUCUAGAACCAGGCCUCAGAACCCCCGGCAGAGACUCUUCCCUAAUUUGGUUCCCAACUCCCGGCCUCAAAGCCCUUGGAACUCCCGCAGGAGAAUUGGACAGCGAAGACGAAUCAUCAGUAGGCCCGGGGGGCGCCCUUUGACCCCUCCCCGACCUCUCCCUGACCCUACAAACCCAAGGUCACAAACUGUAACACCUGAUACAACCACAGAUCAAAUUAAUGUGUUGUUGCUGGCGUCAACAACCACAUCUCCAGCGACUGUGUUGACACGGAGUGACCAUAUUAGGACUGCUUCAAAUGAUGUGGCACUGAAUCCUCUGUCACUACCUGCUUCUAACACUGACAGCAUCUCCACUUUAAAAUCUGCCUCCCCCUCACUGACUCCCUCUACCUCCUCUCUCACCUCAUUAUCCCCCUCUCACACAAAGACACAUAUAGACACUGCGACUCACUCAGACAACAUCCCAGACACUGCAGAGUCCACACUCUUCAACACACCGACACCAGCGCCCACUCGCUCGGAUACCACGACUGCACAGACACAUGAGGCGCACACACACGGCCACACACAUGGCAUACAGACACACAGAGAAGCAGACUCAGCCUCAGGCAAACAUGAUGAUAAACCCUCAAGCAAACACAGUGGAGAGCUGGAGAGGAAUCUUUGGGGUGUAUCAUAUGUGUCCCACUCCUCUACCUCUUUUUCACCCACAUCUUCCUCCAUUGUUUCCUCCACAGUCCCCACUGCAGCUACAACUACUACUGCAAAAAUCACACCUUCUACUACUCUCAAGAGCAUAUCUACUAGUACUGCUGGUAGCACUACAAGUAUAUUUACUACUACUACUACUCCUACAGCUGGUGAUGACAUAGUGCCCACAACAACUACAACCACUGCCACGACUACAAGUCCAAGCACGUCUACUACAACUACCAGUGUUAUCCCAACAUCUAGCACCACCAGAAGUACUACAACUACUCUUAGCUCUACUACUACUACUACCACAACUCCUAUUCUUACAUCUACACCUCCCACUACCACUACUACUUCUUCAACUAGCCCCUCUACUACUACUACUACUACUACUACCACAACUCCUAUUCUUACAUCUACACCUCCCACUACCACUACUACUUCUUCAACUAGCCCCUCUACUACUACUACCACUACUACUAGCACUACGACCUCAUUCAAAGCUAUUCCCACAACUCCUAACCCCACUACUACUACAACUACUACUCCUACUAGCAGUACUAGAAUUACCAUCUUAGCUGAAACUACUCCAACUACUACAGCAGCUACACCCAGUACAUCUACUACUACCACAGCAAUGACAUCAACAAGUACCACAGCAUCAUCCAGAGACAGACCGAGCAUCAUCCAAGUUGAUCCCAGAGGGAGGCCUGUUUCUGGGGGUUCAAACCAGAGUCGACCCCCUACUGACUGGAAGAACCCUGGGACUAAUUCUAUCCCCGAUUCACACAGCAGCAGGCCACGCUGGCCCCCUUCCCCUUCGCUUCCUGCCGCCCCUGGGGCCCCAGUGGUGAGAUCCAGGCCGAGGAUUGCAGACCCACACAUCAGGACAGUGUCAUUCCCAGCAGAGAGCACUGCCAGGCUGGCUUGUGAAGCUCAAGGAGAGCCGAAACCUACCAUCACAUGGACCAAGGUUGCUACAGGAGCGGUGAUGUCAAUCCACUCCAGGGCUCAGCGUUUUGAGGUCUUGCCAAAUGGCACCCUUGUUAUCCAGAAUGUUCAGCUGCAGGACAGGGGCACAUAUAUCUGCAGUGCACAGAGCUUUCUGGGUCGUGACAGAUUGCUAACCACCCUGGAAGUGUGGACCCGCCCCCCUCGGAUGCAGCUGGCAAGCUAUAGGGAAGCAACCAUUCAUCAGGGCGGAGAGGUGCACUUGGAGUGCCAGGCGGAUGGCGUUCCCACCCCUCUGCUCUCCUGGGUUCUACCCGAUCGUUCUGUCCUGACCUCCUCUGCCCCCUCCACCAGCCGCAUCACUGUGGACACAAACGGAACCCUGCAUAUCUCAGUAACUUUACCUAGUGACAGGGGAGUGUACCGCUGCGUGGCCUCCAACUCAGCAGGUGCUGCCAGUGCCUCUGUGCGUGUACACGUGUCCUCGUUGCCCCCGGUGAUACAGCAACCCAGAGAGGAACACCUGCUCUUGUCUCCAGGGAGGCCUGUUUAUGCUCACUGCUCUGCCCGAGGUGCCCCGCCACCAACUCUGCGCUGGCGAAUCCCAGAUGGGACUCUAGUUCGCCCAUCCCAGUUUCUCCAUGGCAACCUUUUUGUCUUGCCCAAUGGGACGCUGCAUAUUCGAGGAGUUGGGCUUAAGGACUCAGGGAAUUACGAGUGCACGGCAAGUAAUGUUGUUGGAGCUGUUAAGAGAACAGUGAAGGUAGAAAUUGAACAGGGAGCAGAAGGAGAAAGGAGAUACGGGGGAACAAGAAAUGAAGGGGCAAAAGCAGUUGCCACAGAAAAACCGUCUCCUUCAUCUUCACUACAUAAAGACAGAACUUUGUCCAUACCCAGCCACCCCUCCAAUCCAUUUAACACCGCUAGACUCUCCCCUUCACCCCCCUUUGACAGAUCCAGGACCUUUCUGCUCUCCCCUGGUUCUUCUCGCUCAUCUUCUGACCCUCACCAACCCAAUCCCACUAACUCACCCUCUACAAUCAAUAAACCGGUCACUGCUUCCCCCACACACUUGACCAACAUCAACAAAACAAAACCCUCCCCUCUCACUCCGCCCUCCACAAAUAACACCAAAGUCUCACCUGGUAUUGUAAGCAACACAAGAGCUACUUCUUCUUCCCCCUCUGACAAAAGUGGGGCCUCAGCUGCUUUGAAUCCAUUGCCCGUCUCCCCCUUCAGUAAAGCCCGUAUUGUUUCUACAUCACCCUCCAUCACUGCUGUCCACUAUGGGGGGAGUCUGCAGCUCCACUGCGCUGUAACUGGCAACCCAUCUCCCAUCAUCAUUUGGAGGACCCCCAACAGGAAACUGGUGGACAUGCACUUCAGUUUUGACCACCGUCUGAAGGUGCACCCUAAUGGCACCCUGUCAGUCCAUGCAGUAACAGAGAGAGAUGCUGGAGACUACCUCUGUAUCGCACGUAACAAGGUCUCAGAUGAUUAUCGCCUCCUGCGUGUCUCUGUGGCGACCAAGCCUGCCAAGAUCGAGCCUAAGCAGCCACUCAAUCAAAUGGUGUCAUUUGGCAAACCACUGAAGGUGGACUGCCAGGCAUCAGGACUGCCUGACCCAGCUGUCCGUUGGAGCCUACCAGAUGGAACCAUGGUGAACAGCGUGUUGCAGGGGGAGGAGAGAGGAGGGCGAGCACGGAGGCUAACUGUGUUUGACAAUGGGACGUUACUGGUUCCAGCAGUGGGUAUGGGAGAGGAAGGAGAGUACACGUGCUAUGCUGAGAAUCAAGGAGGUCAAGAUACCAUGAAGGUCAAAGUAAAGGUCAUGAUGAUGUCCCCACCAACCUUCGCUGAUGACAGAAGCUCUAACAUCAUCAAAGUACGUCAGGGAUCAACCGCCAAAAUUCGCUGCCAUGCCACAGGAGAUCCUGCCCCGAUGGUGACGUGGUUUUCCCCAACGCACCGUGUCAUUCCACGAAGUUCGAGAUCUGGUUUUUAUUCUGAGCGGGUCGUAGUCGUUUCGGAUGGAACUCUGGAGGUCCGUCUGGCUCAAAAGAUCGACACGGGAAACUAUACCUGCCGAGCGAGCAACUCAGCCGGGGAGAGGAGCAUGGUGGUAGGUCUGGAGGUGGAGGCUCCUAACUAUGGACUGAGUGGCCAUGUUGGAGGAAGAGGUUGGGGUACAAGCAAUGGGCCUGGCAGUAGUUAUAACAGUAGAUCAGGAGACAGCGUUAAUAAUGCAGGGAUAAACCAGAAUGGAUUUACCAACAGAGACACGAGCAGGCUUGGCAGCAGUAACAGCAGCAGUAGUGGCUACAGGGAUAAUAAUGGCGGGAUAAGAAACACUGUACCAAACACUGGCUACACUAACAUAGCAACCAGUGGCUUUAAUCCUGCCCUCAGGGGUGAUAGUAGAGAUGGAUUGAACAGGCCUGUCAGUGGAAUAACAACACAGCUUGGUAGCAGUGUAAUCAGUGUCGGGGUGAGCGCAGGUAGGAAUAUAGGCUUUAAAGCAGAUAACGGCAGAAUAAAUGGAAAUGGACCUGGCAUUACAAGUAAUGGUAAUAGUGUGGGUAACGGUCACAGCUCAGUUAGAGGAGAUAGUGUAGAAAGGAAUUCUGCUACUAAUAAUAAUGAAGUCACUGCAGGAAAGGCAGGUAAUGAUGCUAACACCAGUAGAGACAAUGGCAGGAUAAGUGGUACUAGAAAUGUUGAGGUGUUUGGCAGCAGUGUGUCUAACAAUGGAGCUGGCACUGGCACACUAAGAGGAAAUGGGUUUAGUGCGAGUAGUAAUGUAGGAGUGAUCAAUGACAACAACAGGAAUAGUGGUGGCUCAAGUGGUACUGGUAUAGCUGUUAGUAAUACAGGAGCUAACACAGCUGUGGGUGUGGUAACAACAGUGAAGCAGCGAGCGGUGAAAGGCCAAACUGUUCUUUUACCAUGCCCCUCCCAAGGGUCCCCUCCCCCUCGUGUGGCCUGGCUUUUGCCUGGUAACGGUGUGCUGCCAGCUCCUUACUACGGCAGCCGACUCAUUGUGCACCGAAACGGCUCCUUGGAGCUGCGAGGCGUGCGGGCCAGUGAUGGCGGGACCUUGGUUUGUGUCGUUAGAGGUGAGAGAGGACAGACGCGAAUACAAGUGGAGCUGGAGGUGUCUGAGUCACAGGAGGAGGCCAGAUCUCCACACAGGGGACCGGCUGUGGAAAGGGCUGGUUUUAUAGAGGCGCCUCGCUCAUUGGAUUCAGCUCAAUCCUUGAACUCAAGGCCAGUGUUGCCUGAGACGCUUCAUCCAAGAAUCCCAGUUACUCAAAAGCCUCUACACAGAGUCCAGUCUGUACCAGCUGCACCUCGUCCAGUUGGCCCUCCACCCCGCUCAGCUAGCCCCGUCUCAGAGCCAGCAGUGAGCACCAGAACGGCUCCCUUGGUAAGCAUCAUUAAUGGAGAGACUCUUCGUCUGCAUUGCCCUGCUUCUAACACCUACGGAUACACCCAGGGCUCUCUCACAUGGACCAUGCCCAGUGGCAAGGUACUGUCCCGGGGUGAAAGUGCUGAAUCAGGCCGAUACCUAGUCCAAGAGGAUGGAACACUAACAGUGCAAAAGGCCUCUGUAUUCGACCGUGGCACCUACACCUGCAGAUCCACUAGUUCUGACCCCUCUUCAGUCUCGGUCCUCACAGUUCCCGUCAUUGUCAUCGCCUACCCCCCGCGCAUCACAGCAGGACCCUCUCCUGUGACCUACACACGACCCGGGGUUGCUGUGGAGCUGCCGUGCCUGACGAUAGCAACACCCCGGGCGACGAUCACCUGGCAAACACCAGACCUGACACAGCUGACGGCAAUGGGUCAGGCUCGUAUCUAUGGCAACCGCUAUCUUAGUCCUCAGGGGUCCUUGGUGAUACAAAACCCGACAAGCAGGGAUACAGGCUUUUACAGGUGCACCGCCAAAAAUGUAAUAGGGGUGGACACAAAGGCGACCUACCUGCAUGUUAUAUAACGGGGUGAAGCAAACACACACACACACACACACACACACACACACAAACAUGCAGCAGAAAGACAGAGACACCGUCAAUCUUCUGUACCGGUGAAUGAACUCCCCUGCUGUUAACACUGUAUGUGUACUCACAUGCCCAAAGGAACUGCAAGGCUUCGUGCAGGAGAUAAUGUUGAAUCUCAGAAAAGACCCUACACAUAAACAGGUAUAUGUCUCAUGUAUGUAUUUUUAAUGAAUGACUUCGUUUCCAAUACUGUCUUGUUUUCCUAUCAGGAGCCGUGGGAUUCUCUGCAGAUGCAUUUUUCUCUACAUAAACAAAAAAUUGUGUGUAAGAAGGAUUGUUUUGUGUGUCUCAGCGGCCUAAAACACAUUUUGAAGUGAUGACGAAAGAAGUCAAGGAAAAUGCACAGCAUAUCAAGAUUGUUGCACAAAUGUAAAUGCCCACAUCUGUGCCUGUGGACUGUUUCAGUGGGGAAAUGGAGCUGCAGUAUGUUUUUUUUUUUUCAACACUGGUUUUAUUUCCCUGCCUUGUCUUAAAAUUUACCUUAAGGCAACAUGGACAAAAAAUUAUAUCUCACUCCAAAAAUAUGGUUUUGUGCUUAAAAACCCUGCAGCUUUUGGUUUUUACCUUGAAGAAGGGAUUAUCAUUUUUUCAUCUUUGUGCAUGAAACUCAAGUAUUGUUGAAGCAAAAAAAGACACAUAUGCUUUACUUGGCCUGAUUGCUUUAUUUCAUUACUUUAUGCAGUCAUCCACUAACACUGAACUACAGAUUAAAGUACAGUAUUUUUCUGACUGGGUCACUGAAUAUUGUAGACAAAACACAGCAUCACACAAAGAAGCUGUUUGCCUUCACAACCAUCUACAGAAACAUUAAUAUUCAACGUGAUGUCGCACAAUAUAAUCUUUUUUGAUCCCUGUGUUUAUUUAUAAAAUGAUUAAUUUUUUAAAUUGUUGCAAACUGGGACUUCAAUCGGCAAAAUAAUAUCUAGAUUUAAAAAUUUCAACUUGAUAUUUACCUUAGUAACUAUUGAAAUACUUGUUGCAUUUUUUAAUUUAUAAACUACAUAUUGGACAAAGGUUGGAUUUCGUUAUGUUGCAUAUAUAGCAAACAGUAACUUAAAUUGGUAGCCUUAUUUGCAUUAUACUGCCGAAACUUAGCAUUGAAUGUGUAACAGACAUGAUGAUAGCGGUCUUCAGUAUUAUCCACCCCAACUCGAGCCUCUUCAGGACUUUUUGAACCUAUUAACUCUUCUUGUGACUAAUUUGUGGGUUUCAGACUUUAACAAUAUUGUUCUACCACCAUCGAGUGUAUCACACAUUCUCACAGCAUUCCUGUGGCAGAACGAGACACGGUACAAAGCAUUUAUGGAAACACAACAGUCAGUUCUUUGAAGAGUGAUCUUCGUGAUUAUUUUGAUGUUCAAGAUUGUAUAAAUGUAUGUGUAGUUCAAGAGCCUGCCCAAAGCUUGUGCACAGAGCCAGCAGCUCAUCCUUAUCAUGUUUCCCCUCUGCUUUGAUGUUUGUCCUUAAAUUAUUUGUCUUGUAAAGACUCUGUCGUAAGACGCAAGUGUUUCGUCAUAAAGGGAGAAAUGAUUAAAUAUUAUUAAGUAUUACUGAUGUCUCAUUAGUCACAAAUGAAUGACUGCUUGCUAUAUUUUCAACAGCUUCAUUUUAUAAAUAAAAAUGGA